AUGGUUCCUGAUAACAUUGUGGAAGCAAGCUUCUCAUCGACGGUGACAAAAUUUAAAAAAACGGUGAAGGAGUACAGAUUCAAAAAUGAGACAGCUGAAAAUCUAAAAUCAUCAGCAAAAAAUUUAUCCUCGUUCCUGAAGAACGAGGUUGUUGACCCUUGGAGUAUAUCAGGCAAUGACAAUGUCCAACAUAGCAGCAACAUUAGCGUCAGUAGCAGCAGCUCCGAUUACUGGAUCAGCACCAAUAAUUACGAAAACAAUGGUGUUACAAGCGGCUGGUUCGAGUCCUAUCUACGCUAUAUUGGAUAUGAUAAGACUCGAACAAAACUAGAGAGAGGAGUAACAAAUUUCACAUUUGUAAAUAAAUCCGCUGUUCACCUCAAAUCAUCUCCUGGAAACUUGUCAUCGUUCUUGAAGAAAGAAGAGAUCAAUCCCUGGAGUAUAUCUGCUGAUUCUAUACAAGUCAUCAAAGAGGGAAAUGUAAUCUAUGAAUAUGUUGGUCAGGAGAAAUAUAAUUCCGCAAAUCUCUUGGGUGUUCUUGUUCUUUCAAUAGUGUUUGGAAUUGUUUUGAAUGGCCUGGGUGACAAAGGAAAAGCUAUAACAGACUUGUUUACAUGUUUGUUUCAACUUUUCCUAAAGAUCGUGGAAAUAGUCAUGUGGUUUUCGCCUAUUGGUGUCACAAGUAUAAUUGCCAGCAAGCUGGUGGAAAUGGACGACAUAAUGGGAACAAUGAAAAAUAUUGGACUAUAUGUUAUAACAGUGUUGGUCGCGUCUAUACUUUUUGGACUUUUUGUUAUCCCUGGUAUAUAUGUCAUUUUACUGCGACGAAAUCCUUUUAGACUUCUGAGAUUUAUUGCUGAACCAUUGGUUAUUGUUUUGGGUAUCGCUUCCAGGUGGGUGAUAACUUAAUUGCGCGUUUUCAUUUGCACACAUCCAAUUAACUGAUCAUGCAUGCCA